GUAAUAAUUUGACUUUUUUUCCUUCUUUCCGCCUCCUGCCGGGCAGAUCUGCCAAUCGAGUUGGUCUGCGGUCAGGCCAGGCUCGCAGCAGCGAAUCCUUGAACCCGGGACAUGAUGCCGCCUGUCGCCAGGCCGCCUUGAAGCUCUUGCCUGCGAUCCGACCGACCCGAGUCGCCGGGUCUUCUGGCCAACUGUCAACGCGGCCCACAGCCCACGUGGCCAGCUCUGCCGGUUCGGCUCCGACGGACGUCUCCUCCGGCCUCGUCACGACAACUCCGGCCGGCCCGACCUUCCAGGCCGGCAACUUUUUCGCCACCAAUCGCCUCAACGUCAAGCUGGGGCCCGACGGCCUGCCGACAACGGCGUCGUCUGCCGACCCCGCCGCUGCCAGCGCCGCAUUCCUCCACCUCGCCCCGCUGCUGCUUCCCUGUCCCUCUGCUUCUGCUCAGGCCGUCCCGCUGACGACGACGCUGACGCCGACGCCGACGUCGGCUGGUGGGCUCACGUCUCCUCUCGACAUUCUGUUCCCGAUGCCGUCGAAGACCAUCGACGACCUGACCCUCGCCGCGGGUCCACCGCCCUCGCAUCUGACCAAGUUGAGGAACAGGCAGCUUCUUCAACAACAGCAGCUGCUGCGGCAGCACCAGCAACAGCAACAGCAGAACUCUCCGCUUUAUCGGCUGUCCUCGCAGUUUCAUCCCGCCUACGCGCAAAUAUGCCCAUCUCUGGCGUCCACUCAGUUCCCCGCCCCGUUGGCAGUCGGAGACCAGUCUCCUCAGCUACAUCUGCCUCCGGGCGCCACCUUUAUCUUUCCGCCGCCUCCGCUGCCGCUGCCGCCACAGCAACCGCAAGCGUCGUCGGCCUUGCAACCGGGUGCAAUGAUGAUGCCCGUCUUCCCCACUUGGUUGUCGCCGCCACCGUUGCCAACGCCGUUGUCGUCGUCGUCGUUGUCACCGAGUGAGCACACUGCUGUCCGGCAUACCGAUCAAUCUCCGUGGCAACCGCAUUUGGAGGCCCGUCGGCGGCAGCCACUUACAAUCACCAGACCACCGCGGAUGACAGGAGCCGCCAAGAUGCCUCCGGAGGGUCCGUUGAAUGCGAAGGCGGUUUUGUUCCCGCCUAAAGGCAGGCCAGACAGUCACUGGAAGAGGGGACAAAUCAUUUACACUUCAGAGACAAAA